ACCUUCACAUUCCUGAAGAGACUCUCUGAAACCUGAGCUCAGAGCUACGAAGACACCAGAGACAUGGCCUCUACGACUGCACUGCUCCUGCUGGGAGUCCUCUGUGUUGGCUUUGCAUCAGCUGAGAUCGUGGUGGACUGCUGUCUGACGGUCGCUGAGAAGCCCAUGCCGCUCAGAAUCAUUCAGAGCUACACCAUUCAGGAAGCUGGGAAAGGAUGUGGAAUCAGCGCUACUGGGUUCAUCACAAAGAGUGGAAGGACACUCUGCGUCUCCCACCCUAACGAUAAACAAUGGGUGAGAACUUACAUCAAAUAUCUGGAUGAGAAAAGAUCAAGACCUCAAUGAAUCAGGUGUGGAGAGGAGAGGAUUCUGGGAAAAAGAUGGCUGAAGAUCAAGAAGGACCGACUCUAGACUGAGAGGAGAGAGACGUUCAGGAUCAGUCUCAGAAUGAACCGCGCUGUUCUGAAGAAGAUCAGAACAGUUUGAGAAGAUCUUAUUCAUGACAAGUCAUCGUUUGAGGCUUUUCCCUUUUGUUUGAUCUGUUAGUGAAAUAGAAAUAGAGAGAUUUGUCUUGAACUAACGGUGACUUCCUGUUUGUGUUUUAAUCACAAGACUGUAAAGUGUUUGAGGAAAAUUGACCCAAAUGAUGUUUGACGAGCUGUGUUUAUGUUUCAUGAUCAUGUUCUCAGUGAGUUUGCUGUUUUAGUGAUAACUUGUACAAAAUGUUGAGAUGAUGUUUGUGUUAAAACUACUGAUGAGAGUUAUUCUAAAAUAAAGUUUUAUAUUAUUUUUCAA